AAGAUGGCGGACAAUCACGAUAUUGUAACUUUCGCGAUUGUUGCCGUCUUGGCCAAGCGAAAAAGGCGACAAAGACGAACUAGAACGGUUUGGGAAAAGGAGUGGCUUAAGCGGAGAAAACAUUUAAGUGCAUAUAGGCAAAUAAUAACUGAGUUACGGCUAGAAGAUCCAGAAAACUAUCGAAGAUAUCUUCGGAUGGACACGGCAACGUUUGAGGAUCUUUKGGGAAGAUUAAGACACAAAAUAAGCAAGCAAAAUACUAAUAUGAGGGAGUCGAUCACGGCGGAAGAGCGACUUGCAGUGACCCUUCGUUUUCUUGCUACUGGCGAGUCAUAYUCAAGUUUGCAAUUCCAAUUCAGAAUCAGCACUCCAACUUUGACAAAACUUAUCCCUGAAGUAUGUCAAGCCAUUUUUGACACUCUCAAAGGAGAAUUUCUCAGUUGCCCAAAAAGUCCCCAAGAAUGGUURCAAAUUAGCAACUCGUUUAGUGACAGAUGGCAAUUUCCACACUGUCUUGGUGCCAUUGAUGGMAAGCACAUCAAAAUACUUCACCCAGCACACAGCGGCUCGUUGUUUUAUAAUUACAAGGGAUUUUACAGUAUUGUGCUAAUGGCAAUAGUAGAUGCCGACUAUAAAUUUACUUUCGUGGAUGUAGGCUGCCAGGGAAGAAUCAGCGACGGUGGAGUAGUUAAGAACACUGACUUUGGGAAAGCUUUACUCGAAGGUAAUCUUGGUUUGCCCGAGCCCACUCCCCUACCACCAUCGCAAGAUCCAGCAUUUGAYGAUCUCUAUUCACAACCGAUGCCCUAUUUCUUUGCCGGAGAUGAUGCAUUUGCAUUGGAAUCAUAUAUGAUGAAGCCGUAUGGGCAAAGGAAUCUGUCAGAAGAGAAAAGAAUCUUCAAUUACAGGUUGAGCAGAGCCAGGAGGAUAAGUGAAAAUGUGUUUGGGAUCCUGUCAAGCAGGUUCAGGGUAUUCUUGACAACACUGUGUAAUAAACCUGACAGUGCCAUCAAAAUUGUCCUGGCUGCAAUUACCCUGCACAACUACCUAAGAUCCAAGGUACCUGAUAGAUAUACCCCCCCAGGGACAGUCGAUGGAGAAUCUGGAGAAAAUGGUUUAUGGCGUGCUGAGGUGCCUGCUUGUCCAUUCAAGGAAUUGCCRAACUUUAAAAAGGGAAGGCAAGGAAUGAAAGCAGAAAGAGUGAGAGAUGUCUUGUGCCAAUACAUGAAUGGACCAGGUCAGAUCCCUUGGCAAUGGAAUGCACUUGUUUAAUUUUUUUUUUUUUUUGCCACUUAAAUACUUCAGCCUGGUUCACAUAAGAGUUAAAGUCAUAUGCAUCUGUUUUCAAAAAGGUGGUCCAAAAUAAAUUAGUAGGUCAGUAAAUAUAAUCAGUUGGGAAAUAUAAUUGUCGUCAAUUAUAGCUAAAUAAAUUCCUGAAAUACUAUUUUAAUGUUGACGAAGCAGCAUUAAUAUUGGUCUGACAAACCUUAGGCAGGGACCUUAGGCCAAAAGGCAUAGACCAAAGUGUCUAUUUUGGGAUAAGAGAACAUGAAAUUAGUGGUAGUACUAUUUGUUUCUUAUGAUUAUGGUACCAUAUAUACUGUAGACCAGGCUUUUGCAGUCGUGCGCUUCUACUCCAACCAAAGCCACCCAUAUGUAUUAAUCUUAAUUUUGAAAAUAAAAAUAGAUCCUUAUAAUUGCUCAUCCUGUAUAUCAUAGUUACACUCUGUUUGUCAUUUAACCUCUUAGGCUAAGGACAAAUAUCAAAACAAAUUUAAUCAAACCUACAUGAUCCAGUUCAAAUUCCAUAGAUUCCAUGGCAUUUAAAGGAAUGUACUUGUUUGUCUGGAUAGCUUUGGUUGAAGUUAAAGACUAUUUUCAUCAAUGGCAUCUGUUUUUCAUUAGUUAUCAUAUAGCAUUUGGAUCACACUCCUACGAAAUAGUGAAUCUAAUGGGUAUAAUAUAUCGUACACAAUCAAAAUCCAAAAUGUGCUGACAUGAAAAGUUGUCUCAAGUUUAUACUUAGAAGAGUUAAAUAAUUGCAAAUAAAAGUGUCUCAAAGUCAAACUUUAAGAAAAUGUAUAAAAAUGUAAUAUUAUMUGAUACAUUCUAGAUGUAUAUUUGAAUGGCUUGGAAUGGCAUUUAAUUAAGUUUGUGUUCAGAUGAUGACAAAUAAUACAAUAUAUCUUUCAAAAACAUGAUUAUUAACUAAGCUUUCAGAAAUGCUAUGUUUAAUGUAUUAUUUAUAAAUAUGUAUUUAAAAAAAUGCAUGUAAAUAUUGUCAAUAUGGGCUCUUUAGUAAUAUAUUGACUGUAAAUAGUCUUAAUGAGAACUAAAAUUGAAGUAAACUCUUCUAUAGAAAGAUCAUGUAGUUAUGUUGUAUGACUUUUCAAUUUACCAAUAUAAUGUACACCUAUAGCUACUUGCAGAAACGUUGUCACAAAAAAUAGGACAUUAUUUUGUAUUUAGUAAAAAGGAAUAAAUUAAAACAAGACAAAAGAAGAUCACUGAGGCUGAACGCUCUCUUUUGUCUUGUUUAAUUUUAUUCCUUUUUACUAAAUUCAAAUGUUCUAUUUUCUAUGACAAUGUUUCUGCAAGUAGAGGUAUAUAGUCAUAGAAAAUUAAURACUUUAAACACAGUUGAACUGUAAAAUACAGUAAAAACCCGCGUAUAAGAACCUAACAUUUAAGAACCUGUU